UAUUUAUAUUAUUACAUAAAUAUUGAGGUUUAUUAUAAGUUAGAUAUGGAGCGAGGAGACGAAGGAGCACAACAAGAUGAUCAGGAGAAGCGGAACGGAGGAAUCGAUACGACAAGUGGCAAGUUAGGAUUGGUGAAGGAGGCUGUGGCUUUGUUUGAGGAGAGAGUUCAUGCUGGAGACUCUGAUCAUGUCAAUAAGGUUCAACAGAUUAGUAAAGCAAGAAGUGAAGGGGAGCAUGUAACUUGUAAAGUGACACUAGAGUUAGAGUUAAAGGAGACUAAACAAAAUCUUCAAAGAGCUAUUGAUGAAGGUAUGGUAAUGGCAACUUGCCUCUCCAUUUUACAAAAUGAGCUUGAGCAGACAAAGCGCGAGCUUCAACAGCUGAAGCAAAAAGAACAAUGUUUUAAGUACCAAUCAAUUACUGGACCAGCUGAAGAAGAUUGGGUUGAAAAAGAUGUCAAGCAUGUCGAGGAUGUAACUAAAUUUGAAGCGAAGCCAGAGCUAAUCAUGAAUCUUCAGAAAGAGCCCGAGUUUCAGAAAAACCAUGGCGCCAUUGCAAAUGUACUGGAGAGACACCCUUCACUCAGGACAAAGAAAAAGAAGCCGCUAUUAGGGAGAAUUUUUUCUCGGAGAAAAGGUCACUAAAAA